ACAGUUAGAAACUACGCCUUCGAUGUAACCACGGGGCGAGCAGAUGGGUUUCGGUAUCGUUUCGACUCGAGACGAGUUGCAAAGACUGUCGCAGUUCGUCGUCUGCCCCGGAACAGGCAGCUUGCACACCCCCGGGGGAGAACAGGUGUUUAAAUUUGGAAAUUGCCGAGGUCUUCGCGGAUCCAGCAUAGAGAUUUUUAAACAAUACUUACUCUUCGUCCCAUCGAAAUACAAAAGGAGAAAAUUCGACGCGAUAUCCAAAGUGGAAAGAAACAGAAUUCAAGAGUGGAAUCGAAAGUCGAAUUCACUUCUGCACAAUCGACAACUCUUUUGUAGAAGUGCCAAACUGCCGAUGAGGACGCGUGUGCUAGCGGCACACACACGGACGUACGUUUUAUUGACAUAG